UUAUUUUGUCUCAUUCACCAAUAAAUAUAUAACGACAAGAAUGAUCAACUACAUUUUUAUUAACAACAGUAUUACUUGUAGUGAAGUGUGACUGUUACAAGUCCCAGUGAAAUACGUGUAAUUUAUGAUAAAUGAAACAAUAAUUCAUGGUUAGGUUCUCUGGGCCGAAACACUGAUUCGCUGGCGACACCCGCUGGCUGGCAAUCCUGAAAGCAGGGCUGGUUUAUUUUAUCAAAUUGGGCUCCGCACCUUAAGGGGCCCCGCACCAGCGGCAACAGAGUUACCGCUUGAAGCCUUUUCUGUAUUCUAAGAGGAAUAAACCACUACUGAAAACGUGAAAUGAAGAAUGAGAAAUUAUUAUUCCUCACGAAAUAUAAACACAAUUUUUUUUACUUUUGUAGAGUAGGGGCCCCGCCAUCAGUUUUCUAAUUGGACCUCGCAAUUUCUAGCACUGCCCCUGCCUGAAAGCACUUUAUUAGUCUUGAAAAGCAAUAUAACUUAUUAAACAAGAUUCUGAAAUAAAAAUAAGGAACAGGAAGGAAAACGCGAUAAAAUGAUCACGCCCAGAGCGACGAAGGUGACGCGGUGAAGACUCAGGAGGAAAGUACCGCCGCAAAAUCAUCUGUAGUCUCACUGCCUCAACCUUUCUCCGACUACGGGCUGUACUCUCAUCUCUCCAGUACACAACAAUGUUGUCAGAAUAAUAUUCUGGACAUUGAUAUCAUUGGUGCAGACAGAUAACGCUCGAAUAAUAAAUAAGUUCCACGGGGUAACUUGUUUUCCCUGCACAUCGCACCUGCUCAAGUUACGUGAUCCUGUGUACCAGCACCCAGCAACGGUAAAAGUCUUACUCUCACCGCCGCUGUCACUCAAUAUGAUCUGGUCAACACAGCCAUUCAAGGAGCGUGGUGGGUCCCGUCCCCGGGCGGUGGGAAGCACAGCGGCAGCCAUCGUACUGUUGGUGAUGCUGGCGGUGGUAGCGGCGCUGGCCUAUGUUUUUCUCUGGCAGGAGGAAACAGAUGCACUCAGCAACGCUACGUUUGAGGAUGUGCUGAAGGAGGUGUGUUCCAGGCCCCACCUCCCAAUGCUUGAGUACCGUGGGGUGAACAGCUUCUUCGAAUACCUAACCAACUCAGACGAUGAUCACUGCUAUUCCUGGGUUGAGUUUGGUGGAGAAAAGAUCCCUGUUCCUUCUCAGAGUGAAAAGGAAUGUGCUGAUGAAGUGCGGAAAGCUAAGUACAUUUGCUUCAAUGAAGAGUAUGAGAUGACCCAUGACCCAUGCCUUGUGUACAGUUUUGACAAGGAUGCUGACAGUCAGUUUGAGCGGGACAUGCAACUUUUUAGCUGCGAGGUGCACGCGUUUGACCCUGAGAGGGUGAUGGAAGGAGAGCAUGUGCAGAGAUCAGAAUUUUGGAAAGAACAUGCCUGGACCAUCUCAGAAAUGCCCUACGACAAACCCGAGGACGAUGGGCAUGUCCAACGACGACGCUCAUUAGAUUAUGUGCUGUCAGCCCUCGGCCAUUUGGGCAAGGAAAUUAAAUACCUCAAGAGUGACCUGGAGGGGCGCGAGUGGAUUCUACUGAAACAGAUUAUAAUGCACCACAAACUUGCAGAUGUGAGACAAAUUGGAGUGAGGCUGCAUGUUCCCACCACAGUCAAUAAGAUGAGUGGUGAAGCCAGGCACCAGUACUUCGCAAGGCUGUUCCUAGUGUUCCAGGGGCUUCAGUGUGCCGGGUACAAGUACGUCCUGGGCCGCCCUAUACGUUACUACAAGGGUGCAAUCAGGAUACCAGAAAUGAACAGAACAUUCUACCCUGCUUAUGAAGUCAAUUGGGCAAAAGUUCUUUAAAAGUAUGUAAUAAUGUAAAGAAGUGUUUAACUAAAUAUCACGUUUUAUUGUAAAACUUCAUCUCUAUAAAUCUGAAACAUCUUUUUUCUAAAUAAGGAUCAAGAUGCAAAUAAAUGUGUUGGAUAUGAUGAAAAUACAUCUUAGAAUGUAAAAUGAAAUGUUAAUUUCUUUAGAGAUGCUAAUAUCAACUUUCAAUAUGGUAAUACUGAGGAUGUUCUACAGAAGCAAAUACCUGAUACAUCUAUGAUAUAAAAUAAUACAUAAUUUAUUUAGAAAUUUAUUUUGCCAUUGCAUUAUUCUUAAUCAAAGUUGCCUUACUCAUAAGAAAUUCAAUGCAUUUAUGGAUUAGGCAUUUUACUUACUCCAACUCUCUUUAGACCUGUUAAAUAUUCUUCCUGAAGCUAUGAUAGGUUGUUGAAGAGUUAAUUCAGUUCA